UGGCCGAGGCCGCGGUGGUGGGCGGGGCGACGGCGGCGACACGUGUGCGGCACCAGGAAGCGGCGGCGGCGGCGGCCGGUCAGCAUGAUCCCGGGGCACGGGCCGGUGCUGCAGGCGGUGCUGGGCACGUUCCUCACGUGGGGGCUGACGGCGGCCGGCUCCGCGCUGGUGUUCGUGUUCUCCAGUGGGCAGAGGCGGAUCCUGGAUGGGAGCUUAGGCUUCGCCGCGGGGGUCAUGCUGGCUGCUUCCUACUGGUCCCUCCUGGCCCCAGCUAUCGACAUGGCCGAGGAGUCCGGCAGCUUCGGAGCCUUCGCCUUCUUCCCGGUGGCCCUGGGCUUUGCUCUGGGAGCAGCUUUCGUGUACUUGGCCGACCUGCUCAUCCCGGCUCUGGGUUUCAGCGGGCCUCCACACGCAGCGUUUGCCAUGAGCUUCGACCAGCGAGUGAUGAAGGAAAAGUAUGAGCAUGAACCUGCCCGUCAGCCGGCCUACGAGAGCGAGUUGUCCAUCCGGAUAGGUAGAGCUGGGCUCCAUCCAGACAAAGGUGAGAACGGGGAGCCCUACCAGAGGAGGAAGGGUGCAGGGGCCACCCUGCCGGACCCCCCCCCAGCGUUCCCCGUGGCCAGGGAUGGGGCCCCCGCGGCCAGCAGCAGCAGCUGGAGGCGGAUUAUGCUCAUGAUCCUCGCUAUCACCAUCCACAACAUCCCAGAGGGUCUGGCGGUGGGAGUUGGAUUUGGGGCUAUUGGAAAAUCUGCAUCUGCGACCUUCCAAAGUGCCAGGAACUUGGCGAUCGGGAUUGGGAUUCAGAACUUCCCGGAGGGCCUGGCUGUCAGCCUGCCUUUGCGUGGUGCUGGAUUUUCCACAUGGAAAGCAUUCUGGUAUGGGCAGCUGAGUGGGAUGGUGGAGCCCUUGGCUGGCAUCUUCGGUGCCUUCGCCGUGGUGGUGGCAGAGCCUCUCCUCCCCUACGCCUUGGGCUUUGCUGCUGGAGCAAUGGUCUAUGUGGUGAUGGAUGAUAUCAUCCCCGAGGCACAGACCAGUGGCAACGGGAAGCUGGCAUCCUGGACCUCGAUACUGGGAUUUGUGGUGAUGAUGUCCUUGGAUGUUGGGCUUGGAUAGGACAAUGCUCCAAUCCCCAGGAGAAGACUUCAGAGCCAUUUGUGCAGCGGCGUUUGGAACUGGACACACGAUUCCCUCUGGACUUCUUUUGUAUAUAUUUUUUUGGAUCUGGCUUGGUGUUGAUUUCCUAUAAUUUUAUAUCUCUUCCUCCCCUCCAAUGUCAUGUCAGUGGUUUUCAAAGCACAAGUACGGCUGGUUCCUCGCAGAUCCUGGUUUCCUUUCGCCACCAGAUGUUCUUGUCCUCUUGGGGAGGUUGUCGGAUGACACGUUGGCUGGGCUGCAGGUCACCCUGUCCUUCCCUUCCACACUGGGCCGGCUGCUCCGAGUCAGGUUGCUCUGGGUUUCGAUCAUCUGUGUUCUGUAGAAGAGAAGAGAUUCGCUGUCGUGUGUUUAAGCUGGUCUGUGGGUCAGAACAAGGCAUUUGAGUGGAGCGCGUUCCUUAGAAUCCCUUUAAUUUGAAAGGCAGGUGAAGGCGUUAGGGCACAUAGAGCACUCUGUGGGAUCGAGGUCUCCUGUAUCCUGCGGGUGCUUGGGAAUGUUUUAGGGUAUUUGGUUUGAUGGAUGCGAAUAGUCCAGGCAAAUAAAUCAGAAUUUUCUUGGGAUGUCUCUGAAAGGGAAAUGUCAUUUUUGCUUCAAUUUCUCUCCUGUCUGGGGCAUUGAGCCAAUGAAUUGUGUCUCUGGGAAAAAACCAAACGGGAAAGGGGAAUUGUGUUUUCUAGCAUGUACUCUUUGAAAGGCAAGGUGUGGUCAUCCCUGUCGUUGUCCAAGUGCUGCCUGACCAGUGCACAGCAGGAUACGUUUCCAUGUGGGCCUGUGACUGUGUCUGGCCUUAUCAAGCGAUGGCUGGUUUGUGGUUCUUGGUUCCAAUGGUCCAUAAGUUCCCCAAAGCCAAUGCAGCGUUUUCCUGGCCUGUUACUCCACAGAAGAGCUUGGAGCCGAAUCAGGAGUGUGCCGGGAGCUCUCGUCUUCCUGAGCAACACCAGGAUGAAAUAAUUCAUCAGGGGCAAUUAAUGAUCCUCCCUGAAGAGCCAGAAACACGCAGUGUGUGUAGUGCCUCUUCCCCCUCUGCUUUCCAAGCAUCUUCUGGUGAAUGGUCAUUCCCAGGCAGGAUCAGUCCCGUCCAGGCUCAGUGCCUGGAGCACGCUUGAGGGAUGAGCAUGAGUUAGAAGGAUGCUGGAAACCAAACCUCCUUCUUUGCAAAGGAUGCUUCUAUCUCCAGUCAAAGCGGGUUCAUUCAACCCUGAAGCAGGAAUAACUGGAUCACCUGGCUGCUGCUGGCAUCUCAGUCCCCCCACAGCCAUGGGGCUCUCGGCGGGGGUCACAGAUCACCCUUUGGUCCUGCUGGAGAAGCUGCUGGAAGGGCAGCCAAAGGGAACAGGCACGAAUAAACUAAGCUUGAGCCAUGCAUCUUUGGUUCUCCUUUUUGUUUUGGGUUGGAUUUCAUUUGUACUUCAUUUGUGUGUCACUCUGGAUGAUACAAAACUACUGUUUGCCAACGGAUUUGACCUUUUAACUGUGAUUGGUUUCAAUAAAUGGGAAAUUCAGA